AGUAGGAGCAGGAGCAGCAGCAAGAGCAGCAGCACCAACAGCAGAAGCUGCAGCAGCAGCGGUAGAACAAUAACACCCAAUUAACACCAAGUGGUGGCUGAGAGAAUAGGACGAAUCCAGACUGGGAGAGAGGCAGUCGGGCAACCAGGCAAGCAAGCAAUCCAGCAGUCAGGCGGGCAGGAAGGAAGGGACUGGCUGGAGCCAUGGCCGGAGACAGUGAUCAGACCCUUCAGAACCACCAGCAAACCAACGGAGGGGAGCCUUUCCUGAUUGGCGUCAGCGGGGGCACAGCCAGCGGCAAAUCUUCAGUGUGUUCCAAAAUUGUGCAGCUGCUGGGCCAGAAUGAGGUGGAUUAUCACCAGAAGCAGGUGGUGAUCCUGAGUCAGGACAGCUUCUACCGGGUGCUGACCAUGGAGCAGAAGGCCAAGGCCCUCAAGGGCCAGUUCAACUUUGACCACCCAGAUGCCUUCGACAAUGAGCUCAUCUUCAAAACCCUCAAAGAAAUUACAGAAGGAAAGACGGUUCAGAUUCCUGUAUAUGACUUCGUCUCCCAUUCCCGGAAAGAGGAGACAGUGACUGUGUAUCCUGCUGAUGUGGUGCUCUUUGAAGGGAUCCUUGCUUUCUAUUCCCAGGAGGUACGAGACCUUUUCCAGAUGAAGCUCUUUGUGGACACGGAUGCAGAUACUCGACUCUCCCGUAGAGUGUUAAGGGACAUCAGCGAAAGAGGGAGAGACCUGGAACAGAUCUUAUCUCAGUACAUUACGUUCGUCAAACCUGCCUUUGAGGAAUUCUGCUUGCCAACCAAGAAAUAUGCUGAUGUGAUUAUUCCCAGAGGUGUGGACAACAUAGUGGCCAUCAACCUCAUCGUGCAGCAUAUCCAGGACAUCCUGAAUGGAGGUCUCACCAAGCGUCAGACCAACAACUGCCUCAACGGUUACACCCCCUCCCGUAAGCGGCAGGCCUCCGAGUCCAGCAGCCGGCCACACUGACCGCCUCCGCCCAAUGCUCGUCCCUGCCCCUGAACCCUACCCGGGCGAGGAGGCCCCACUGAUCUGUGUAUAUAGUGUUUCCAGUGACCUGACUGUGUAAGAAAACACCCGGGAAGAUGAAAUGCCUUUGAUUUUUGUACUUUGGAACGGGCAGGAUGAAAUGGAAGAUGAGUUUAAGCGAUAAACUGUGCCAGGAGCUACUGGCGAUGCUGAAUUACGAGUCCAUCGUGUAACCAGUUAUAAAUAUAUACAUAUAUAUAUAAAAAUCUAUUUUUGUGUAAAUGUAGAAUAAUGUAAAGCUGUUUGCCGUGAGUAUUUUCCAAGGGGAUAUCUGAGAGUUUGUGCUUGUAUUUUCUGGGAUAGGUGCUUUAGCCCCGGCAGAGGGCGUUUGCUUCUUACAUUUCCAGGUAGGAUAAGCCAGUGGUUCAAGCAUCUGUCAAGGAGGAGUGAUGCAGGGGGAAGGACAGCUGAUAAAUUGUCCUGAAUGCUGGUGAAAAUCUAGAAAGGGUUAGCUUCUGACAUUCCUCCCCGUCCCUCCCAGUGCUGCUCUCUUCUGACACAUGCCACCUUCUGGGGCUGGUCCUUAAGGAUAUGAAAAGUGAAAGGAUCUCUGUCUUUGUUUUAGUCGGGAAUGAGGAAAGACCCCAAAAUCAUACUCAGGGAAGGAAGUGACCUGCAGAAGAGAGUGAAUCUUGAAUGUUCUCUUUCCCCACAUCCAGUUAGUCUGUAUAUCCUUUUCUUUUGUCCUUCUUAAUCUUCUCAGAGAUGGUGCCUCUGGGUUCCUACCAGAGUAAGUAGGAAUUUUGUGAGAUUGCUGUCAACAGAAACAGAGCAAGAAUGGAGCAGGAGAGAGUUUGCCAGUGGUGUGGGGACCUCUCUAGAUACUGGCUUUCCAGGUACCAGAUGGUACCUGGAAAGAAUCUGCAUUCGGGAUUUCCCCUGCCCUGUUGUUAUACAGCAACUGAAGGGUCUGGGCUUCUGCUUAUUUACUUUCUGAUAAGUGGCUCUGGAUCUCAGACGCUGCCACACGGCCAUUCAUCUCAGCAAUGGGAGCCAGUGCAAGACACUUAAACUGUCUUCUCUGACCAAGGGGUAGCUUUGUUUCCCUCCCCCCCCCAAAAAAAGGGGGGACGCAUGCGCAUUUAGUAGGAUGAACUUGAUUUCCCUCCCAUUAAUGCUUUUCAUUUGCAAUGUGACAACCUGGAUAAAAUUGCUGUUACCACAGAGAAGGAAACAGCUCCAUCCUGUGCCUUAGAGGUGCUAAAAGGAGGGGACUGUGCAUUUUCAUCUUUAAUAACUGGAAUUUCCUCUCAAUUACAGGGAGGUAAACCCAAGCCAGUCCCCUAGUGAUGCCUUCCUUCCUGGGAUAGAUUCCUAGCUGAAUUCUGGGGGGAAAAAAUCAGAACUACUGGAUUUAUGAGAUGUGAUUUUAAAGUAAUGUGACUGCUUUAAUUUUAUUUUGUUUUGUAUACACUUGCCAGAUUGUCUUUAUCUAAAAUUUGUGAUCUUUCUAAAGUAAAUCACUCGGGAGUCGGACUGGGGUGGGGUGGGCAAGGACAGAGGACAGACUCUUUAAGCAUUUGGGGCACUCUUGUAAGUGGCGUUUGAAGUCUAAUUUGAGUCACAAAACAAAACCAGUCUGAUCACUUGGCCGCAACUUGUCUGUUAACCCCAGAUGGCAUCACCUGGCUCAGUCUACCCUGUCUUAUUCACAGACUUGGCUCCAAGGGAUUUGAAUGCUUUUCAACUGAACCUAUCCCCAAGGACAAAGCUUUGCCAACCCUCAGAAGAAGGUGCCACCUUUUAAAAAAUACCAAACGGUUUUUCUCCAGAGAGAAGGGCUCUCUGAAGGCAGUUCAAGAGAGAGGAGUUUCCAGAAUGUUUUAAGCCAUGGAAGUGUCAUUGAUAAAUUGGGUCACCCUCCCAAGGUGUCCCCUUUGAAAGAGAACAACAUGCUUUUGUGUGUGGAAAUUCUGGAAUCUUUUUCUUAGUAUUCAGUCACAUUCCUUUAUAGUCACACCUCAGCUCUGAGGCAUGGGGAGGGGGGAGGAUAAGACAGGGCCAGGAGCCUCAGGAUGGCGGGGCCUUCAUCCCAGGUGGGGGCACUCUCUGCCAUGGGAAGUGUCUGUCUCAGACAGUCUUUGCCUUGCAGCGGGUACCAUGCUCAAAUUUACUUGAAGCUUCCAGGUGCCAAACCAUUUAGUGCCUUGGCUGCCUAUCCCACUGCCUUGUAAGACAGAUUCUUCUGUUGUCACUGACCCUUCUACUUAGUUGCUUCUUCAUCUACUUGUGAUAUUGGGACCAAGGUCAUCCCCUGAGCAGGUUCUCCUACCAAUCUUCCAGUCCCUUUCUUCACUGCUGCUCUACCCUUCAUGGGUUUGAUAGCCUCUCUGGCCUUUCCCUGUCACAGUCAUUGACAGGCAAGGGAGGCUGGCUGGUAUUUCCCAGGGUGGAGCAGAAUCCAAAGAGGUCCUCCCCAAAACUAUAGCACAGAGCAGAGAUUGCCAUAUUGGAGGAAAGGAAGAAAUUCAGGGGUAUAAUCCAGGUCCUUGAGUGCCCUAGGCAGGGCACCAUCAUCUACAGACUUGGCAGAUUCUUUCAUUGAGCUUCUCUUGUUCUCAUAUACCCCUGUGCAGAUGUUAGGAUGCAGGCAAAGAUGAGCCCAAUGGAGGGCUCCUUCAGAUUCAUCACCAGAAGGUGCUAAGUUUCUGCCUUGAAACUCAGCACCUGCAGCCUGGUAGCCAGGAUGAUAUAAUGUGAUGACAGGCUGGCUUCACCCUAACCCCUGAACCAGAGAACUCCUGCCUUCUCCAUUCUUCAUAUCCCACUUAACCCAAGGAAAGAUGAAUUGUGGGAUAAGGCAAGGGUAUUAGGAGAACUAAUGGAUGCUAUUGGAAAUGUAGUUGAUCCAGCUCAGAUUGCGGACCAGGAGAGGUAAAAGUGGUGGUUGUGCCCCCAAGGCAUUCUCAAGAGUUCCGAUGUAGCCACAUGUUCUGUAGUGGGGGUGGUUAAUCAUGGGGAGCAUGGUUUUCUGCCCCUAAUUGGGUUCUAGGUUAGACAGUUGCCUCGAGAAUUUGGAACUUCUUUGCUGGAUCAGAUGUGGUACAAGAGUCUCUUAAGGAGGUGAAUGGAUUAAUCUCCCUAGGAUUUAUGGCCAUGGAUUUGGAUGGGAAAUUGAGACCCCUUAAGUCCAUUCAGUGCUGUGUAUAAGUAAGUGACCUCUUGGUGUGGUCUCUUGGAACACUCUUGGCCUGGCAGCAAAGACCUCAGUUAAUGGGAGGUUAGGAACAUGUGUUCUUCUGUAUCCUACAACCUUACCUUCCCACAUCAAAUAUUCCAAUCCCCAAAAUCAAUUAGAUCUAUUUUAGCCCAUGAAGACAAAGCUGAGUCCAUGAAGAUUGGAUUGCCACUCUUACUUGACCCUUCUAAAAUUUUUCUUUGGGUCCAGUAGGCAAAUAUGCUUUAUUAGCUGGAGUGGUGGUAGCAAGCAGGUUCUAGGCAGGAGAAAAACCUGUGGAAGUGAAUUGAGAGUGUGAAGCUCCCUUUAACCAUCAGUGAGGGUUCCUUUCCUCUGUAUCAGGCAAAUGGUUAAAGAUCUGCCCUUGCUAAUUCAAGCUCAUUCUGCCUUUAGGUAUAUGCUAGGAAGAGGCAGUAGCUGCCAGUAUUGCCUCUGAAUUAAAGUUGGGUUGUUGGUGAGGGGUUAGAUUUUUUUUGUUUGUUUUAAGUUUAUACAUUUGUCUUUUCUGUUUUGUUAUUAGUGAUGAAAUACUCUUGCCUAUUCAUAUUCUGUCCUUCCCUGUAAAUAAAGAUGGAACCAAAAGGAUGCAA